AAAGUACUAAAAAACUUGUUUUUGAUUCAGGAGCACCAGAGAGCAUCACCGGACCGCCACCUCCAAAAAUGCCGAAGAAGCGGCGAGUGCCGUGUGUACUGUGGAGGCUAUUCCGAGACCGCGCGCGGCCGCUCGUUGACACCAUCGUCAAGUUGCUCCCUCCACCACCGUCGGCGGCGGCGGAGCAAUGCCGGUGGUGCGGGGGAAGGCGUUGCCUCGGCUGCGUCCGCGGCGGGGGAGAGGAGGCGAUCGCGUCGUUCCUCCUCAGGCCCGACGAUCCUUCCGAGUACCGCAAGCUCCUCACUCGGUGCUUCGUCGUCGUCGGUGACGAUGCGCCUCCACUCUCCGACUUGAGUCCUCUCGCUCGCUGGUCUCAACGUCAGAUUGUAUUGAGGACUAUCGAGAUGUUGUGCUCUGAGAAUUCAGCUUCCGGCAAUGUAAUAUCCAUUGGCUAUAGUAAGGAUGACCAUUCUAGUGUUGCUAUUGAGCUUCUGACUUCUUCGGCCUGGUGCGUUCUCUUAGAAAGGGUUGGUGACAGUGUAAUGAUGUACUUGCUCAAGUACGCAUCAAUCUUUUUGCCAUAUCCUUGUAAAAAACACUUUCAAGUGGCUGGACUUCCAAUCACUAAACUGGACAAUAGGCUGUUGAAGCAUUCACCAGAAUCCCACUCUCAACGUACUUUUUUGCUCCAAUACGGAGCUCAAAAGAAGAGAAAGAGAGCUCGUUAUGUUAAAUUAUCCUCAGAGAUGGAGAAAUCCACUAAUUUACUCCAUGUUGGCACAUCCUUAAUUUCUUCUAGCAAUGGCACAGCCUAUGCAAAGAAAGACAAGGUAUUACAGAUAAUCUUCCCUGAUCGUGCUGCUUCUAGCGAUGAAUCUUUCUGUGAGGUUCUGCAAGGAAGCUCUAAUCUGAUUGUAUCAAAGGUCAGAAAGCACAGAAGACGAUUUAGCUGGCAGCGUCGGGGACACAAAAGGAGACCUGAUUCCCAUGGAAGUGGUGUGGGCUGUUCUGAAGUAUUAUGUGCUGAUCAAGAUAAUCUUGCUGGGAGUUCUCAAGGAGAAUCAUCUUCUAGUUUUAAUUAUCCAUACGUAAAGAUGCCAAUGUUGUGCUCUUGCUGUCAAUUGUUCAUAGCAGUUGAAAAACUCGCCGACGGCACUCAAAUUCAAAGACGAGAUAUGUUUUAUGAUCUGGAAUCAUCACUUACGACAGGUUUUCCGGGAAAACAUAUUCUAAAUACUUUGAAGCCUAGCGUUGCUGGUUCACUGAUUCUCCUUCAAAAAUUAUUUGGACUGUCUAAUAAAGAUCUCAAUACCAAGUCAAACACGUGCUUACAUGACGGUUCUUUCUGUCCCGGUGGAUCCACAUGUCUGUACCACUCCAUGAUUAACUUGCUAAAGACCCUACUUCGGAAGGCGCGAUGUUGCCAGUAUUCAAGAUUACUGGAUAAGCAUUGUCCUCCUCCUACAUCAGUUCGAGAUGCUUCAGGGAAUGCUCACUCCCUAUCAGAGGGGUUUGAAUCUGUUGAUAAGUUACCCAGAUAUGACUUGAAACAUCAUGAAAAUAAGUUGGAAACAAAUGUUACUGAGUUUGAGGAACUGAAGUCAUAUUGUUCGAAGAGUCAGGUUGUGGCAUUCAUAUGGGCUGUUUGUAGGAGUAUAGUUCCUCUAGAACUAUUAGGUGCUCCUAUUAAUUGGAGAAAAUUGCGGAGAAACAUUUACAAGUUCAUUGAACUACGGAGGUUUGAGCAGUUUUCUCUGAAGCAAUGUAUGCAUAAGUUACAAGCAGUAAGGUUUAUUUUUCUAUUCAGGGAUCUUUCAAUUCGAUCCAAUGAUCAGGUGCUUCAGGAUGCAGUAGGGGAGAAUAUAGACAUAUUAAGAAAUGGAAACAACGAACUGAAUGAAAUGAUGUCAAUACUGAGGCAUACACUUCUCAAAAGAUGGAUUUACUGGUUCUUUUCAUGUCUAGUUGUGCCAUUGGUGCGGGCCAACUUUUAUGUCACUGAAAGUGAAUAUGGAAAGCAGGAUGUAUUUUUUUUUCGGAAGUCAAUAUGGGAGAGUUUGUCAAACAGAGUUAUGAGCCACUUGAAAGAUAAGAGCUACACUUGCUUGAGUGAUGCGUCUGUUAGAAGUAUUUUAGGCAGAAGAUCUUUUGGUUUCUCAAAGCUUAGAUUUCGUCCUAAAGAAAAUGGGUUGAGGAUGCUCGCAAACCUUAAAGCUUCAUCUUGUAUUCCAGCAAGGAAGUCACAUCACAAUGAUCAGUGUUGCCAAACUUUGAAGAUGAGGCAGUUUCGGGAAAAAGCAGGUAAAUUUAAACUUUUCAGAUCUGCGAAUAGUGUUCUCCGUGAUAUGCACGCUGUUUUGAGAAGUUUGAAGGUUGAAGAAUCAGAGAAGUUAGGGUCAUCAGUAUUUGACUACAACGAUGUUUACAGAAAGCUUUGCCCUUUUUUGGUUGGUAUGAAGAAUGGUGCAACAAAGUUUCCUGAUAUGUUCAUUAUAGUGUCUGAUGUCUCCAAAGCAUUUGAUUCUAUCAACCAAGAUAAGCUAUUAAGCAUAUUGCAAGAUGUAAUAGCUCAACCUGGUUAUCUUUUGGAGGAGUCUUCUGAAAUUGUCUGCCGAAAGAAAGGAUUGUGGGUUCAUCAUAAUCUAAAUUUGGUUGGAAAACAUAUUCGCAAUGGACCAAGAAGACUGGCUCCCUGUUUCUUUGCCAGCUCAUUCCAUGGUGUUCUUACAAACCAGGAAAGAAGCAGGUUUAUAAAACGAGAAGAGCUCUUUGUUAAUCUAAUUGAGCAUGUGAAGCGCAAUGUCCUACAAUUUGACAAAAACUUCUAUCUUCAAGGUGUUGGUAUCCCUCAAGGAAGUAUUAUAUCUUCUCUUCUUUGCUCAUUGUACUAUGGGCAUCUUGAACGAAGUGUGGUUUUUCCUUUCCUGGAAAAGGCUCAUGAAUCUGCCACUGAUGAUUUUUCUACCAGACAAAGUUGUCAGGGUAUUUCUGGUUCUGAUGCAGUAAUUAUGUUGGAGAAGGAUGAUUUACCCAAUCCUAGUUUUCUGCUUCUCAGAUUUAUUGAUGACAUUCUUUUUAUAUCGACCUCAAAAAGACAGGCUGCUAGUUUUUUCUUGAGGCUCAAAAGAGGAUUUCGGGAUUAUAAUUGCUUUAUGAAUGAGGAGAAGUUUGGUUUGAAUUUUGAUGUUGGUCCCCACUCCCAGUCAAGGAUUCAAUCUCACAGGGCUUACAUUGAUGAAAGUGGUAAUUCAUUUCUGCGAUGGAGUGGCCUGCUUAUAAACUGUACCAGUUUAGAGGUUCAGGCAGAUUACACAAGGUAUCAGAAAACCCAUCUGCGUUCUGCUCUUACCGUCCGUUGGCAACAAAAACCCGGUUCUCAUUUGAAGACCAAGUUGUGCGAUUUUCUGAGGCCUAAAUGCCAUCCUAUAUUUUUCGAUUCGAAUAUUAACUCAGCAGCUGUUGUCAGAUUAAAUAUCUAUCAGGUUUUUCUGCUCUGUGCCAUGAAGUUCCAUUGCUACGUUUGCGAUUUAUCAUACAUUUGCAAGAUUAAGGCGAGUUCUUAUAUGAAGAUGAUUGAGGAGUCUUUCAGGCACAUGUUCUCUCUGAUAAAGAAGAGGAUGCGCACGGGGCAUCUCGUUCCUUCUCUUCGCCCGGUUCUUCAGCUGGAGGAGGGGGAAGUCGAGUGGCUUGGCUUAGUCGCUUACAUCCGAGUGCUGGAGCGAAAGCAGUCGAGGCACAAGGGCUUGCUAUCCCAUUUGAAGUCCAAGUUUUCCAAACACUGGAUUAAUAGGGACGUAUCGCCUCAACUAAAGCAUGCAGUUGAUGGCUCACAUUCAUCCUCAUUGUGGCAAAUUGAGUAUUAGGUUGCGGUUGUUUCAAUGAAAGUGUUUUUCGGAAAUGGAUUUUCCGGACUUUCACUUAUUUGAUUUGUCGAAAAUGACUUAGUCAAGUGAAAACACUUUUCGGUCAACGGAAAAUUUAUGCAUAAA